AUAUGCGCAAGCGCUGUACAGUGAUGAAAGAAAAUGGCGGUCAUGAAAACAGACUGGAAAACUCCGAAUCAAGGGGGUAUUGUACGUGUAGGCUAUUAUGAAAUAGAUCGGACGAUUGGAAAAGGAAAUUUUGCAGUUGUGAAACUGGCAACACAUAUCGUUACAAAAACAAAGGUUGCCAUCAAGAUCAUUGACAAAGAGCAGUUGGAUGAAGAAAACCUCAAGAAAAUAUUUAGAGAAAUUCGGAUCAUGAAAUUACUAAAACAUCCGCAUAUUGUACGGCUUUAUCAGGUGAUGGAAACGGAGAGAAUGUUAUACUUGGUGACAGAGUAUGCCAGUGGCGGGGAAAUAUUUGAUCACUUGGUAGCACAUGGCAGAAUGAAUGAGAAAGAGGCAAGAAAAAAGUUCAAGCAGAUUGUCGCAGCUGUUGCCUACUGUCAUCGUAGACAUGUUGUUCAUCGAGACCUAAAGGCAGAAAAUCUGUUACUAGAUGCUAAUCUCAAUAUUAAAAUAGCAGACUUUGGAUUUAGUAAUACAUAUUCUCCUGGUUCUCCUUUGAAAACGUGGUGUGGUAGUCCACCUUAUGCUGCUCCAGAGCUAUUUGAAGGCAAAGAAUAUGAUGCUCCUGGAGUCGAUGUCUGGAGUCUUGGAGUGGUGCUGUAUGUGUUAGUUUGUGGUGCUUUACCAUUUGAUGGCAGUUCACUACAAAGCCUCAGGUCCAAGGUGCUGUCAGGAAAAUUUAGAGUGCCAUUUUUCAUGACUACAGAAUGUGAAAAUUUAAUCAAACAGAUGUUGACAGUUGAUCCGUCAAAACGUAUAACAAUACACCAGAUAGUGCAUCAUGAGUGGAUAAAAAUGGCAAGUGAGGACCCAGAGUUUGAAGAAUUAGUGUCAUAUAUGAGAUCAUCUGAAAAUGAGGAAGCAAUGGACCUACAUGAUGGUAUUCUAAGUCACAUGGAAAACUUGGGCCUGGAUCGUGAAAUGACUGAAAAAUCUGUACAGCUGGAGGCGUAUGAUCACCAUAGUGCUGUGUAUCAUUUACUUCUGGACAAAGUGAAAAAACAUCCCAAGACGUGUAUAAAUAAAUUACCAGGCAUCGUCAUAUCAAGCAUCCCAUCAGGAGUGCAGACAGAGAGAAGAUCCAGCAUUACUACUGGUGUGGUUGAACAUGUUGAUUUGCCUGAAGACGUCACUGGGCCAGAGCCAAGACCACUUAUUCUUCCUUCAGAAUUAGCAAACAUUCAACAGAUAUUUGAACAAGCAGAGGAAGAAGAUUCUUCUAGUCAACAUUCUGAUUCGGACAAUGAGGAGCCCUGCCCAGAAGCCCUGGCUCGUUAUCUUGCCAUGCGCCGGCACACAGUGGGCGUGGGAGACUCGCGUCAUGAGGUGCCUGAGGAUGUUCGAGUCAAACUUGCUAAUCAUCAGCAUCUUAUAGCUUCUCCUCAGCCAAAUCUAUACUGGCCAAUGGGCUUCUUGCCAAACACAAUCAACCCACAUACACUUCCUGCUGUGUCAAAUGAAAUGCCUUGUGUUGCAAUUGCAGAUCAGCAAUUUUUACAACUACCUACUUGCUAUGGGCCAGGGGGAGGAGGGAGUUGGAACAGAAGAGCAUCAGAUGGGGGCGCUAACAUUCACUUAUUCGCUCGGCAGAUGUGCCAAGGAGGAAGUAGUUUACCAGGAAGUCAGGAGAUAUUACCUACUCUUAGCCAGUCGCCAUUGUCUUCUGCUGGUUUAGCAUUGUCAACAGUACAGGGGUCAGUAACUGUAGAGGAGAAUGAGGAGGAUGGGUCUGACCAAGAGCCGGACCAAGAAGCAGUUCAAAGGUACCUGGCCAGUAGAGGAAGAAAUAAAAGACACACUUUGGCAAUGUCUAAUCCCGUGAAUGAGAUCCCAGAGGAACUUCAGAAGAAGCUGUCCCUCCAGCCAAUACGAACACAAAGAAGAGGCAGUGCAGUAGCAACAUCAUUUCCUGAGAGAGUGGCGUCCACACCAAAUUCUUUCAUAAAUUCUUUGCACCUGCCAAAUGAGAGAUUUUCCCCAGUGAGACGGGCCAGUGAUGGACUGGCAAAUCUGGCUAAAUAUCAAUCACAUCUUGAAAAAAUAUACAACCAGACCCUACAGCAGUCCAGCUCCCGCCACAGCAGUCAUUCCAGUCUUAAACAGCUACAGCAGGAAUGUCAAGAACUGCAGAAACAAUGUCAGCGGGAUGCAGGAAAAGACGUGGAACUUCAGCAGCAGCAUGCAUUUCACCGCUUACAUCACUCACUACAGAACAACAUGCCUUACUCCCCGGUUCCAUCACCACCUCUUGCACCAGCUUCUCCAAAUUUCAAUCACAGUAGUCAGAUACAAACAGACACACAGACAUCAUCUCUUUACCAGCAGUUACAACGUCUUCAUCUGGUUCAACCACAGAAUUACCAGCACGGAAGCCCACCGACUACGUUGUCAGGCCAGCGAACUGACUCCCCGCCACAGUCUCUGAUCUUUCAUUCUUUUACUCAGCCAGUACAAAGGGCCAGCCCACCUCCCAAUGCUACAAAUUUUCAAAAUUUACAGAUGAUCCGUGAGGAUUCCCAAGACACUGGUGACCCUACCAACAGUGAUGAGGAUGUAAACAUGCACGCAUCAGUUUCUAAUUCUACCAAAGAAGGCGUGGAAGACCAAAAACAUCGGCAGUUUACAACCAAACCUCAGAUUAGUAUAACAGAUACGCAUGGUCAUGUCACUGCGGUGAAUUCGUACGGUGAUGAAACGGAGGGCAUGGAAGAAAAUGACUUACAGACACUGUCUAUAAACUCAGGAAGUUACUCUACAUUCCAAGACCAGGUCUCUAACUCUCUUCCUCAAGCUUCAUCUCUGCAACAGCAGUGCUGCCAUCAAAAGGGUUUAGCUUCUUUCAGCACAGUGGUAGAAAACUCGAGUCCUGCACACAUUCCCCCCUAUCAGAGCAGCAAAACUGUUUGUUGGGAUAUUUCUCAAAGUGAACUGCCAUUUUCAUCUUAUAAGUGGUCAAAUGCUCAAAUGGAUUUUCAAACAAAGGGACAAUUUGGCAGAAUGAGCACCAAUGCCAUGGAUCUAAUACAAUGCCAGCAGAGAUUUCAGAAUGAGAAGAAGCUGUCAAGAAUUACAGAUCACCCUCUAGAGUUACCAAAUGGAAAUUUCUCAUUAUCAAACCAAAUCAACCAGGUUGAUGAUAAACGAAUGAAUAUUCAGAAAGUCAACUCCAACAUCAACUUGGCCUCGACACGCACUGUGGAUGACAUUCUUUGUGAACUUCGACGCAUUCUUGAAUUAGGUGAUAAAGGAAAAGUGGUGCAAUUUUCUGAUCACUUGUUUCGUGUAGAGAACUCCAAUGUUCAGAUGGAGCUAGAAAUUUGUCAAGGGGACAGAUACAAUGGUCUGCAAGUCAGAAGAAUUUCCGGUGACAAGGGACAUUACCGUCAACUCUGUCAUGAACUACUCUCUGGAAUCAAUCUUUGACACAAUGUUUUUAAUACAUUCUUGUUUUGGAUACAGGAUUUUUUUAUGCUGUUGAAACAUUGGAUUUCUUCAUGUUGAUAUUUUUUAUCGCCGAGAAACGCCUCUCAUUUUGCAUAUAUUUGGACUUCAGGUGAUUGAGGUAUUAUGAUUGUCAGAGUUUUGCAUUAAAAUGCAGUAUAUUUUC